UAUAUAUAAAUAAAGCUUUUAAUUAGAGAUUGCGUCUUAGGAUUUUAACCAAACGUUCCGAUUUGUGGUCGACAUUAACUAUACUCAACGUUCUUCAAUCUCAUACUUGUCUUCUAACGCUUUACUUCCACAAAGGUAAAAUGCAUGCAUCAAGACUGGGCGAACUUCUGAUCUCGAAUGGUAAAACGGCAAGGAGUCUUCCACUGCGUAGGGCAUUCGUUUCAGCGUCAAGACCCUUACAGGGAAAAGAAGAGGCGGAGCAAUGCCAGAAAGUGAAAGAAGCAGCAGAGGCAGUGAAAGAAGGAGCAAAGCAAGUGAAGGAAACCACCGAGUACAUCCAAGAAGUCGCUUCCACUACCGCUGGCCGUGUGACUAAGAUGACAAAAGAUGUAACGGAGAAAGUUACUGAGACGACGGAUACCAUCACUGAGAAAGCAAAAGGUUCAGUUUCCGGCGUUUUAGGCACCGCUAAAACCGCUACUGAUAUCAUCAAGAACAAGAUACUUGGUGAUAAGUAACUAUAUAUAAUCUAUAUAUAUAUAUAUAUAUAUUGAU